UCUUCGACGAGAGCCUAAUUAAGUCUCCUCCGUCGAAACCGCCGUUUUGUAGACGUCGGAUUCCUCGGCGAGCAAGCGAUCGAAAGAGAUGCGGCGGAAGGUGGCCCCGGAUUCCUCGGAUGCCACCGGCGGCGAGGCGGGGCGGCAGGACCUCCUCCAGCUUUCCUCGGCGAUCUGCAAUGGCGAGGACCUGGGCCCCUUCGUCCGCAAGGCCUUCGCCUCCGGCCGCCCCGAAUCCCUCCUCCACUCUCUCCGCCACUUCGCCCGCUCCAAAGAAUCCGAGAUCGAAGAAGUCUGCAAGGCCCACUACCAGGACUUCAUCCGCGCCGUCGACGACCUCCGGUCCCUCCUGUCCGACGUCGAUUCCCUCAAAUCCGCCCUCUCCGACUCCAACGCCGCCCUCCAGUCGGCCGCCGGCCCCCUUCUUUCUUCCCUCGAUGCCUACUUAGAAGACCGCGCCGUCGCCCGCAACCUCUCAGCCGCCCUUGCUGCCUCCCGCCUCUGCGCGCGCCUCCUCGACCUCCUCGCCCGCGCCAACGCCCACCUAGCCGCUGACGACCUCUACCUCUCCCUCCGCGCCAUCGACGCCGUGGAGCGGGACUUCCUGGACGCCGCUCCCCACCCCACCAUCCGCCGAAUGCUCCUCCGCCUCAUCCCCGCCGUCCGCUCCCACGCCGAGCGCAAGAUCGCGAAGGAAUUCUCUGACUGGAUGGUCCAGAUCCGCGUCGCCAGCCGCCACCUCGGCCAGAUCGCCAUCGGCCGCGCCUCCGCCGCCCGCCAGCGCGAAGAGGAGCUCCGCAUCAAACAGCGCCAAGCCGAGGAGCAGUCCCGCCUCUCGCUCCGCGAAGCCAAUUCCUCCUCCAUCUACUCCCUCGAAGACGACGACGACGACGACGACGACGACCUCGCAGCCGCCCUUGCCGCUGCAGGCGGCGGAGGUAGCACCGGCUCCGCCGUCGACGGCAUUCUUCGCUUCGACCUCACACCACUCUACCGCGCCUACCACAUCCACCAGACCCUCGGCCUCCAGGAUCGAUUCAAGAAAUACUAUUUCGAGAACCGGAAGCUCCAGCUCACCUCCGACUUCCAGGUCUCCUCCAUGACCCCAUUUCUCGAGUCUCACCAGACCUUCUUCGCCCAGAUCGCCGGAUUCUUCAUCGUCGAGGACCGGAUCCUCCGCACCGGCGGCGGACUGAUCUCCCGGUCCGACGUCGACGCGCUUUGGGAGACCGCCAUUGCCAAGAUGGUCUCCGUCCUCGAGGACCAGUUCUCUCGGAUGCAGACCGCCAACCACUUGCUCUUGAUCAAAGAUUAUGUGAGUCUUCUUGGUGUUACUCUCCAGCGAUACGGCUACACCGUCGAUCCGCUCCUCGAUGUCCUGUCGAAGCACCGGGACAAGUACCAUGACCUCCUGUUAUCCGACUGCCGCCUCCAGGUGUCUGAGGCCCUUGCCGCCGACAAGUUCGAGCAAAUGCUCAUGAAGAAGGAGUAUGAGUACUCGAUGAAUGUGCUGUCAUUCCAGAUCCAGACCUCCGACAUCAUCCCUGCAUUCCCUUAUGUCGCUCCGUUCUCCUCUACUGUCCCUGACCUAUGUCGAAUUGUCCGGUCGUUCAUUGAGGACUCGGUCAGUUUCAUGUCGCACGGCGGCCAGUUUGAUUUCUACCCCAUUGUCAAGAAGUAUCUCGACCGCCUCCUUGGGGUGGUCCUCGAUGGCGCCAUCCUGCUCCUUGUUGAGUCUGGGGGCCUUGGCGUGUCCCAAGCCAUGCAGGUAGCUGCCAACAUGGUUGUGAUGGAGCGGGCCUGUGACUUCUUCUUCCGCCAUGCUGCACAUCUCUCUGGCAUCCCCUUUCGCAUUGCUGAGAGGGGCAAGAGAGAAUUCCCAUUGAAAAAGUCCCGGGAUGCAGCCGAGGAGCUUUUGCUGGGAUUGCUUCAGGCCAAGAUUGAUGAUUUUUUGAUCUUGACCGACACUGUGAGCUGGAUGGCCGAUGACUCGCCUCCGAAUGGGAAUGAGUAUGCAAAUGAGGUAAUCAUAUACCUUGAGACGCUGGUCUCCGCUGCACAGCAGAUUCUGCCCAUCCAAGUCCUUCGACGGGUGCUUCAUGGAGUCCUCACCCAUGUAUCUGAAAAGAUCGUGGGGCUUUUCCUUAGUGAUUCGGUUAAGAGGUUUAAUGCGAAUGCUGUGACAGGAAUAGAUGCCGACUUGAGGCUGUUUGAAUCAUUUGCAGAUAGCCAAUCCCAUUUGUUUGGUGAUUCUGAGGAAUCAGGUGUCAAUGAACUGAAAAUGGCUUUGUUGGAAGCAAGGCAAUUGGUUAAUUUGCUCAUGAGCAACCACCCAGAGAAUUUCCUGAACCCAGUGAUCCGGGAAAAGAGUUACAAUAAGCUGGAUUACAAGAAGGUUGUCGCAAUAUCUGAGAAGUUCAGAGAUUCGUCAGAUCGGCUGUUCUCCACAUUUGGUACAAGGGGUUUGAAACAGAACCCGAAGAAGAAAUCAAUUGAUGCUCUGAUAAAGAGGCUCAAGGAUGUGAGCUGAAGCAGCUGCUUCAAUAUAGUAAGAGAGCAUCUCUUUCCCUUUUUAUGUUAAAUGAUGUGAUUUGGAGUGUGUUUGCUGUCUAUUUUUUGUCAUUUAUUAACUUCAAUUAUAAUACCUUUCAAACUGCUGCCUUAUAGUGCUAGUUUUGUUCAUGCUAAAUACCUGGUGUAUGCACGGAAAAAUAUGUUAACCAUUUUAUUGUAUUCAUGGAAAACCACUCAUUUGUUUUGUUCAUAUGGGGCUUGUAAUAAUCUAAAAAGGUUGUAGGAUGAAUAGCCAUUCUUUUUAUUCAAUUUUUUCUUGGAUCA